AUGGAGUCGAGCAGCACACCCGUGAGCCACACUCCUGCCAUCUUCUUGCUUCUGCAUCUGGGUCUGACCUCCAGUAUGGCUCAACAAAAUGAAUUCCAGAUUGGACUUGCAGGAGGGGAGGUGACCCUGAACUGCACAGGCAUACUUCCUGACUCAAAAUUAUCCCGGGACACAGUUGUGCGCUGGAAGUUCUAUGAUACUGCUUUAUGGCGUAUGGAAAAGGGUACAAUCUGGAAAACACCGGCUUUCAUUACUGAUCGAUUUGGCAUCAAGGCGCAAUAUAAACAGCUGUGGGUGCGGAAUUUGAAGCUCUCUGAUGCUGGCAUCUAUACCUGUGAAUAUGGCUCUCACAAAGUCCACACCUCACUGCAUAUCUUUAAAUUGAUGAUCAAUUUGAAUGGGAGUUUUCUGCAAAAUGAAGUCCCUGAGCUGACUUUAAUGCAAAAUUCAUCUGGUCCUCUACCUGAUCUCAGAAUCACAUUGUUUGACAGUAACAAUAACAGAGUAACACCAGAAUUACAGAACAAGAGCAGUCAAAAAUACACAGUGAAUUUAAAGAAACUGGAGGCUAUGGACAGUGGGACCUGGGUGUGUCAGGUCCAUUCAGACUCUCCACGGAUUGAUCAGAAUAUCCCCUUUGCUGUGAAGGUAUUAGGUUUUCAGAAUCCAGAUUUGGAAAGAAAGUAUGCAACUGUUGAUAGCACUGUCAUCUUGUCAUGGCAUUUGAACUCCCAGAAGAUAAAAUGGAAAGAAGGUUUCACAGGACGGCUGAAUUGGAAACAACAGGAAAGUGCAAGCCCCCAUGAGCUGCUUGAUUUCAAUGUCACAGCACAAGGACAGCUGCAUGAGACCAUAAAAAGCAGUAACUUUCUGUUUGAGAUACCUGAAAGAAAACCUGAAAGUACCAUAGAACUGAAGCUCCCUAAAGUGCAUUUUAACCAUUCUGGCCAGUACCAGUGCCAGCUGGAGUACCAAGGAAGACAUGCACAGAGCAACAUAGAGCUGGUGGUGAUGAAAGUCUCAGCUAAGCCUGUUGGGCCACUCUCCAGAGGGGCCAAUAUGACCCUGACCUGCCAGGUCUCUGGACCGCUCCAACCCAGUGCCUACUUGCGCUGGGAACGUGUGAAUGGGACUAAGAUGGACAUUAAGAACUCAAAGCAGCAUGAAGUAAAGUUGGAGGUGAACAUCAGUGCUGCAGGUCUGUGGAGCUGCCACCUCAUAGAAAACAGUGACAGAAAGAUCAGCCUUCAUUACCACGUGGAGGAAGCUGCUGUUUGGACUAACUAUGUGAUAAUUGGAGCAAGUGUUGGAGGCAGUUUAUUGGUGUUUGCCCUUGGGUGCCUGUGCAUCAGCAGUGGUACAAGAUGGCAUCGGAGAAGGCAACGGGCAAAAAGGAUGGCACAAGCAAGACAAUACUUGCUGGAAAACAAGACGUGUCAGUGUCAACACCGACUGAAGAAGUAAUACUUCAACACUGGCAUCGCAAGGACUGGUGAAGUCUCUGCCUGUACCUAAACACCUGGCAGCCCACAGUGCUCUGUGAAUCCAUCUCCUUUUCUCCUU